UUAUGUCAACCGGAUCUUCUGCCUUUAAGAACAGAUGCGUUUUUGUGCUUAUCUGCAGGUUCUGUGAGCAGGUUCUGAGUGUCCGUGGAAUGAAAGCAGUUUUACUGGCAGAUACAGCCCAGGAGAUGUUCUCUACAGAUAUUCCUCCUGUCCAAGCGGUGGACUUUGUGGAGAACUGUUAUUCUUUAGAAGCCUGCAGGUGCAAGCUGAAAAAUCUGGCCUGCCUGAAAUGUGGUAACGUGGUAGGAUACCACGUGGUGUCUCCAUGCCAGACCUGCCUGCUCUCUUGCAACAACAGUCACUUCUGGAUGUUCCCCAGCAAGUGUGUGUACAGUACAAAUAGAAUGGAUUGCACCGGUAUGCGAGUUUUACUGUGGAAAGACCUUCCGGAUACAGAUGAAAAGCAGGAAGAACCCAGCAAUGUUUCAGAAGACGAUCAGGAACAGUAUCUGCGAUAGAGUCAUUUAUACUAAAUCAUUUGGAGUUGAUUAUACCGAGUUUGUCAAAGUAAUCAUAUUUAUUUAAAGAACCAUGAAACCCCAAAUGUUUAAACAACAUUCCAAUUUACUUCUGUUACCAAAUUGGCUUAAUUUGUUUAGUAUCCUUUGUUGAAGGAGCAGCAAUGCAUUACUGGGAGCUAGCUGAACAAAUCAAGUGAGCUAAUGACGAGACAUAUAUGUGCAGCCACCAAUUAGCAACAAGCUCCCAGUAGUAUAUUACUUAGGUAGUGUGUUAGAAAAUUAUACUAAAAGAAAAUUAGAUAACUGAAUUAAAUAAGAAAUCUGUUUAAAAUUGCUUCCUCUAUUUGAGUCACAAUAGUUUAAUUUUAACUUUACUGUCCUUUUUAAAACAAAAUUUAUUGAAUGCAGCACGAGCCUGUUCAGCAAAAUGUGGUUCUCCGAAUCAUUUGAAAUAACUUCUUAGAAUACUCUAGUUGUCUAAACUAGGGAGAAAUAUUUCAGAAAUUCUAAUAAGAUUCCUGUUAUGUGCUGAUGGAGAAAGGAAAGCCUUUAGGUUGCUGUCUAGAUCUGCACAAUUACACAGACUCAGUAACGCAUCGCAUUGCUAGGUAGAUUUAAAGGGACAUAAUACUUAUACGCUAA